UUUUUUAUUUUUUGACCAUUUCUUCCCUUUGUGCUUUAUAUCUAUAUAUAUGAUCAUGUACAUCUCAAGCCUCAAAGAAGAUACUACACAAAUCCAUAUUUGAUUCAAAUCACUCAAGAUGAUGGAUUGGUAUUCAUGGCUAUCAAAGAGUGGCCUUGAGCCAUCUCUUGUGUAUGAGUAUGGUCUUGCCUUUGCACACAAUGAGCUUGAGCAGGAAGACAUAGCAUACUUCAACCAUGAGUUUCUUCAAAGCAUGGGGAUCUCCAUAGCCAAACACAGACUGGAAAUUCUCAAGCUUGCAAGAAAAGAGAAAGCAGCCAAAGCUCAAAGAUCAAUGUCAAGACUUGUUUUUGCAAUUAAGAGGACAAAAAAGAGUCUUGCGAAGUAUUUGAGGACUUGGGUUCAUGGUGAAGUGUCAUGUUCAUCAUCUUCAGCUCUUGUUGUUGUUCCCAGGCCUGCUUGUUAUGAAGCCAGAUGGAGAGGUGCCAUGUUGAAGAGGAACAAGAAGUUAACCAUGGCAAAAGAAGGGAGAUUGUUGCUCACAAACGGAAGCCCCAUGGUGGUAUCUGGACCGCAGAGAAUUCAUAGCUUUUCAAGUCCAAUGGCUCUUGAUUACCAGAAGGAAGAGAAAUUUGAUGCUGGUGAUGAUGAUGGAUAUUGGUCAAGUGGCGUUGAAGAAUUCAGAUGGGAUACCAUGUUUCAAGAUCUAAAACCCACAUAAAAGGUUGUCUUCGAUAUUUUUUUUUCCUCAAAUUUGAUUCAAUAGGGGCAAAAUUUAUCCACUUUCCCUCAAUUUUCCAUACUCAUAUGAAAACUUUCUUCUGGGUUUGUAUCAAGUUUCAAAGGGAUUUCUACAGUUCUGUGUCUAGCCAAAUUAAGGGAGGUGAAAAAACAUUUUUCCUUCUAAAUUUGAAUGGUGAGAGAUGGAUUUUUAGGGUUCUUCCACCAGCUGCUUGUCAAAGAAGAGUUAUUUAAUCUUUUAUCUUUUUUUCUUUAGUGGUGGGUCAAGUUAAAGCCAUACUUUAGCAGCAAGGGUCUGUUUCAGUAAUCAGGCUGUCUCCUACUUUUUGUAUGCACUAAUUUUCUUUCUUUCAUUCUUUCUUUAAUAGACAAGAAGGCAAUGGUGUUCAUUGUCUCACUUGUUGAGCAGAGGAUUGUUGUGUUAGGCUUAUGCAAAUAUGUAGCAAGUUCUGGUGUUCAAAAUACUCAGAAAAUUGUACUGGUAGAGGUGUUCAUAUGAAUAUGAAUUAUGAACCAUAGGAUGAGUGAAUACAUUUUCUUUUCUUUCA